AUGGGGGUUCAGAGAGAUGGUAAUGUAGUUAAGAAAGAUGAGAACUUUGGUAAUGUAGUUAAGAAAGAUGAGAACUUUGGCAAUGUAGUUAAUAAAGAUGAGAACUUUGGUAAUGUAGGGACGUUUCCGGAGAUUAGAAGAGGUGUAGUUGAGAAGUUGGAUGGAGAAGCAAGUUCGACUGCUAAUUUAUUUAGUGAUGCUGGUAGAGAUGAUAAUCUGUGUCGUGAAAAUGCAGUUUUAGCUGAUGAGAAGUCUAGAGAGAUUAAAACUGAAAAGCAGGGAAGUGAUGUAGAGAGAAAGUUGCCUGAUAAGGUCUUUGAGAAGAAUAAUGAAUUGACUGACCUGAAAGAAGGUAAGAGUGAAAGCCUGGGAAUCCAAGAAUCGCGUGAGGAGAGCCCUGAUCAACCGCAGAAUAAGUCCUCUGAGAAACUUGAUGGGAAUAGCCCUACAGGUCUAAAUUUGAAGCAAGAGGAUGAAGAGGAGGAUGAUGAUGAAGAUAAAAAUAUAUCGGAUUCAGGGUCUGAAAGAACAUUGUCUGACAGAACUGUGAGUAUCUCUCCUGGCAAUUCAAUGGCAGAGAUCAGUCCCACUGAUGAGCUCCACCCGCUUUUAGAUGAAGAUGCUCCUUUACCUACUCAUAUGUCCCCUGAAGUAUCUGAUGCCACUUCGGAAAUUUCCUCAAAUACAAUUAGUGAAAGCAGUUAUGACAUAGAUACAGAUAUGGAAACCCACGGAGGAGGAGAGUUGGAAAUUACAGACCUUGAGGAAGAUUAUGCAGAUAAUGAUGAUGACGAUGUCAAAUCUGCGGUUAGCUGGACAGAUGAUGAUCAUAAGAAUGUGAUUAAUCUGGGGAGUUCUGAUCUGGAAAGAAACCAACGUCUAGAGAAUCUGAUUGCAACUAGAAGUUUACGGAAAAGCAUGAAGAUGAUGGCAGAAAGGGACUUGAUAGACUUGGAUGGUAUGGUUCGUCCUCUCAAUGUUGCACACAUAUCAACAGCAAGGCACAAUCCCUUUAAUCUUCCUGCUGAUCUUAAUUCGAACAUGCCUGAAUCUGCACCAUCCAUAAUGGCACGACGGAGAAGUCCUUUUGAACUUUCUUAUGAUCCAGGUGAAGAAAAGCAUCAUCUGUUGGGUGAUGAUUGUGAACAUGUUGUCACUCUUCAACCAAAAGAUCCCCCCUUGUUGCGGAGAAAUGAAACUUUCAGUGCUGGCAUAUCAUUACAUGGGACUCCCAGACAUGAUUACAACCUCAGACAAGGUUACAUCCACCAUAGAAAAUUGAGCACGCUGAGUGAAUCCAAAGAGAGUUCUGAACCUGAAACAGAGUCACUUGGCUCAGUUGAAGAGUUGGAAGAUAAAGUACCUGUUGAAGAAGAUGAUUCUCAAGAACCAGUGGUGACCACUAUCGCAGAGCAUCCUUCUGAAGAUGUUGGCCAUGGAAGCGAGUCUUCUGAAGAUGAAGAUACAGUUAAUUCAACUGAAGCUGACAAGAAAGAUGCCACAGCUGAUGAUAUUAAAGUCAAUUUCGGAGAUGUUGAGAAUUCUCAAGAAAAAGUGUCAAGAUUGUCUGUUGCAGAUACCCAUAUGGAAGGUGAUACAAGUGAAGCUAAUGAAGUAGUAACACCAGAUGAUAAUAGCUCAACAUCAUUGCCUGAAGAACAUGGAAAUGAGUUUAAUGAAAAAGAAGGUGAACAAUUAUCACAUUUUAAGCCAACUAUGGAAAGCUCAGAUGCCGAAAGCUCCAGUCAGUCAGUGAAUGGCACUCCCCAUAAAGGUCCUGUUUAUGAUUCAAGCCCCAAUGCACACAAUUCUUCCUCCUCUCUAUUUUCUGACCAUCAGGUGGACAUAGUUGAAACCAACUCGCCACCAGUUUCAGUUGAGCAUAAAAUUUCCGCUACUGACAAUGAAUCUGAUCUCAGCAAUCAGAUCACUGAGAAAGAUACUCCUGCUUCUGAAACCGAUGAGAAGUUGAUUUCUGCACAUCAUCAAUCUCCUUCUGAAAAUAAUACUUCGAUACAAUCAGAUAAAGAGCUGCCUCUGCCAGAUCAAUCUGUGGUUGAACGCUCUCCAGUAAAACAUGAAAUAUUGCAGGAUUCUGGGAAUGCCUCAGAAGUACAAGAACCUGUUGAAGAAGCGCAACAUGGCAAACCUACAACCUCCGACGCUGCAUCUAGGCAGUCUGAGAUUUCAGAAAGAGAAGCAACUUCAGAUCGACCACGUUCAGAGGAUAACAUACCAUCUGUUGGAAAUUCUGAUACUAUAUUAAUUAGUGAAAAAACUGACUCCGGACCUGCUGAGUCAGAAGAAGUGCCAAGUCGAGAUGCAGGAGAGAAGAUUCCUGACAUGUCUGUUCAGUCGGGAACUGUCAAAGAUAGAGAACCCCGUCAUGGGGAAGAUAAACAUGCAGACGACGGAUCUGGUGAGUCAGAGAUAUCCCCUCAAACAACUCUUGAUAAGUCACCAAAUGAAACUAAGGAUGAUUCUUCUGAACAUGAACUGCGACAAAAAAGUUCAGAGCCAGACAAGACUGGCUCGGAGUCAUCAAGGUCAAUUAAAGACGAUCACUCAGAACAACAAGAUGAAGAAGCGUCUAAUAAAAGAGAACCUCCUGAGUCCAACAUCGAUGGCCCAAAGGAACCACCACAGCCAAAACCAUGGUGGAAUCGCUUUUGAAAUGCAUGAUGGCGAAACAACUGAAUGAAAUUUACAGCAUCAGGAUAUAUAAUUUGGAAAUGGCGAACGGGGUUUAUAUUGAAGGGCAGAUUCUCUGUAGCCGAGCUCCAAGUCGUAGCAGCCCCGAUCAUCUGGUUCAGACAGAGAAUGAAAAUGAAACAUGAGAAGAAUUCAUCCCUCCUUGAAAAGAGAAGCAUUCGGGUUUCUUAUGAUUCUUUCAAGAUUGGAAGUUGUAACCUUUCUGCCAGAGUUACCAUAUUUAGGUUAAACCCUUUUCGAAUCUGUAUAUCAUACUUCCGAAUGUAAACAGAUACCGACAGAGAUCGUUGUUUCGAAAAAAAGUGCAGAUCUUUGUUACACACCCCCUGAUAUCUUGUCAAUCUGCUGGACUUUCUUUAUUUAUUUAUUUAUUUUGCUAAUUGAUAACACACGCACUCUCGACCUCCCGCAAAGGGGUACAAGAGCUCAACCACCGCAUGCAACGGGGAUAAGAAGUAGAGUUGUUUGUUCCAGUGUCAUAUAUGUACCUUAAUAGUUUUCAUGGAAUUCUGGUAAAUCUAGGAAGUUUAUCUGCAGCUGUGCAGCGUUUCAGGUGAAAUAUUUGUUCUGGAAUGAGCUUUUUUUCUAUUCAAGAAGGCAACGCAUGUGUAUCUGUGAGGAAUGAACUAACUAAAAGCUUGAUCUUUAAUACAUGCUCAUAU